GAGAGGCGUAGGGCUGGGGAUUGAAUCCGAGAAGGAGAUGGAUGGAGGGGCGCAGAAGGGGGAUGCGGAGAUGGCAGAGGCGCAGCAGGGAGGAGGGGGAGGAGGUGCGCCACCGGUGCCGGCGGCGCCGGUGCCGAUGCAGGGGUUGGAGAGUAUACAAGCGACACUUAGCCAUGGGGGAAGGUUUAUUCAGUAUAAUAUAUUUGGGAAUAUUUUUGAGGUGACAUCCAAGUAUAAGCCUCCGAUCAUGCCCAUCGGCAAGGGCGCUUAUGGUAUCGUUUGUUCUGCUUUGAAUUCGGAGACGGGGGAGCAGGUGGCGAUCAAGAAGAUCGCGAAUGCUUUUGAUAAUAAGAUUGAUGCUAAAAGGACGUUGAGGGAGAUCAAGCUUUUGCGCCACAUGGAUCAUGAAAACGUUGUAGCAAUCAGGGACAUCAUCCCUCCUCCACAGCGAGAAGUAUUUAAUGAUGUCUACAUUGCCUAUGAGCUUAUGGACACUGAUUUGCAUCAAAUAAUCCGCUCCAACCAAGCUUUAUCGGAGGAACACUGUCAGUAUUUUUUGUAUCAGAUCCUUCGUGGUUUGAAAUACAUACAUUCAGCAAGUGUUCUUCAUAGAGACUUGAAGCCAAGCAACCUCCUCCUGAACGCAAACUGUGACUUGAAGAUUUGUGAUUUUGGGCUUGCACGUACUACCUCUGAAACUGAUUUUAUGACGGAGUAUGUUGUGACAAGAUGGUACCGAGCACCGGAAUUAUUAUUGAAUUCUUCUGAAUAUACUGCUGCAAUUGAUGUGUGGUCUGUGGGAUGCAUCUUUAUGGAACUAAUGGACCGGAAGCCUCUAUUUCCAGGGAGAGAUCAUGUGCACCAGCUGCGCUUGCUAAUGGAGCUUAUUGGUACUCCAAAUGAGGCUGAUCUGGGUUUUGUAAAUGAAAAUGCAAGAAGAUAUAUCCGUCAACUUCCUCGUUAUGCCCGGCAGUCAUUCCCAGAAAAGUUUCCACACGUGCAUCGUGCAGCAAUUGACCUGGUUGAAAAGAUGUUGACAUUUGAUCCAAGGCAGAGAAUAACCGUCGAAGAUGCUCUCGCUCACCCAUACUUGGCAUCCCUACAUGACAUAAGCGACGAGCCAGUAUGCAUGAUGCCCUUCAGUUUCGACUUUGAGCAGCACGCACUCUCCGAGGACCAAAUGAAGGAGCUAAUCUACCGAGAGGGGCUCGCAUUCAAUCCCGAGUACCAGACAUAAGAGCUUCAGAAAAUCUCCAUUUUCAUUGACCCAUUGGCCUUUUAGCAGUGCCAGUUCAUGUGGAUUUGUAUGCAACUGCAUCUCUGAUUUCUAGCUGUAUAUAUCUGCAGUCCAAAGCCCUAAUUUUCUAUUCCAAACUUAAACUGAACCCAGAGGGCAGGGACUUGGCUGAUUGAAUGUGUCAUUAAGGAUGAUGAUGGUGUAUGAUUUGUUGUUUUUGCCCUUGUAUUUUAGAAUUCUCACUUUUUUAUUCAAAUUUAAGUUAUUGUUCCAUCA